CACUUGGAGCCGACCACGAUGCCCAUGACGGGUAUCCAGUCCACCCCCGCUUCUCCAGCCGAUGGGGAGGACCUGGCUGCCUUCAAGCAGCGUGUCCACUCGGAAAUCAAGGCUGAGCUUGAGCCUACGGUGCUCAAUGCUAAGAAACAGAUGAUGGAGAAGUUGAAGCAGACUCGGGAUGAGAAAACGAGACAGGCGUUGUUGAAGGAGUACACAGACACUUUAAACGUUAUCGAGGCGGACGGGACCCGACGCCUCGCUGACGAGCUAGUCAAGGAGCGAAUUCGGAGGAGCGCUAAUGGCAUUGCUGCUGGCGUUACCUCAGACAGAGCUCAGUCGAGAAUGGGUGGUUUCGUGGGAGAUGCGUCGGAUUUUGGUGACUGGGACACCCAACGGCCUGCCUCGACGAUGGGGCAUGUUCGCGGGAAAUCAUCGCUUGGUAACAAAACCUCCCUUCUUAGCGGUACUAGACCGGGUUCGGCUGCUGGCAUGUAUAACAACACUGGAAGUAGACCAUCAACGGCGGCAGGCCGACCCUCCUACCCCUUCGUUGAGGAUGGAAACAAGGUUGACGAAGCGCGGGCUCGCAAAUUUGCCGAAGAACAAGCAAGGCUGGACAGGGCUCAUACUCCUGCUAGUUCAAGUGUUGAUGAGAGCGCGGCAAUGUUACGCAAGUUUGCAGAAGAGCAGGCACGGUACAAUCGAGCGCACUCUCCGGCAGAAAUCACACGUCAGACCGACGUCCAACGUAGAUUUGCUGAAGAGCAGGCGCGUUUACAUCGUGCUCAUUCGCCUGCUGUCCCAGUCCCUGGUAACGUCAGCGAAUCGCCCAAAUCUUAUCGCACCAGCACCGGAAUAUCCGUCUCACCAGAUGCCAUCAGGACUCGUAAAGCUAGCACUACCUCAAGCUCACCUAUCGAUACCCGAUUUGUAGCCUUCGCAGACCAACAGCAACAGCAGUAUCGCCAAUUUACUCCCAGCAAUCAAGACGCCUUGAGGAAUACCAAUGGUUCCCGACUUGGUCAGAACCCUCCCACUCCCACAAGCCCCGCCCCAGGCCCCCGCGGCAAAUCGGCUCCAGUGAAUAUUACUUCUACCUCAUCGACUGCAGCUGGUCGUCGCGGCUCGUCGCAGAAUACGUUUGGGAGAUUCCCUUUGAACGAGCGAGACCAUGACACAAGGUCCGCCUACGCCGACGACGACUCGACUACUCUGACGAAAGUUGAAAUGCUGUUCUUCGAUCUGGACGGGACUGUGCUGAACUGGCAGGGAACGGUUGCUACCGAAUUAAGGAGAACGGCCAGGCGAUAUUGGGCGGAGGCGGAAGAGAUGGAUUGGGAAGGUUUUGCGAUGAAGUGGCGGGAAAUCUACAUGACCAAUCUACGAACUCUCGCAGAGUCUGGUAGCGCCUUGGAUGCCCCCACAGUCUAUCGCACUUCACUGGAUUCUCUUCUCUCUGGCAAGGAAGCAGCCGACGUGGCAGCCAAGUGGACGGCGCCAGUUCGCACACAACUAGUCGAAUUCUGGAGCAAACUACUUCCAUGGCCCGAUGUUGAAGAUGGACUGAAGAACAUCAAGACAAUUAAGACUGUGGGAACGAUUUGUAACGAAUCGCUGAGAACACAAACACAAAUUAACCGUCAUGCUGGGUUGUCCUGGGACGUUUGUCUCUCUGGCACUGUGCUUGGAAGCUUCAAAGGGGUGCCUGACACAUAUCUUCAAGCUGCCUCGACUAUGAGUCUUCCACCUAAUAAAUGCGCUCUCGUCUCAGCCCACGUCGAUGAACUUAGUGUCGCUGCCAGUGUGGGGUUCAAGACUAUCUACGUUCAUCGUGCAUCGGAACGGCUUAUCAACGCCAGCUCGAAGAUGAAUGGCAAGACCAAUGGGAAGAAAGGCAAAGUGAACGGGACUGGGGAAGUGCGGAGCAAAGCUGAAGGUGGAGAAGUUGACGUGGUUGUUGACUCGUUUGAGCAUCUCGCACUAGUGCUGGGUAUUUCAGCAUCAUCAAGUCUGGAUGACGCAGAGGCAUUCUUGAAUGCUUCCUUCCCCGCUACUAUCGACCUGACGAUUGGCAAGCUUGAGCACGAGCUUGAGAGCGACCUCGCCUACUUCAUGGACAAUCUCUUCGACAAGGAGUUUGCCGGAUUAGCAGAUUUCGAGGAGAAUUAUGGCGAACUCUUGUUAGCUCCACCACCAGUUGAAGGGAAAGGAAAGGGGAGAGUCGACAGCGACGGAGUGCUGGUUCGCCCCACAAGCGCUGCCAGGUUUCCAGCGGACGAUGGCCCAGUUGUUCGCACAACAUGUGCAGCCGCGAUACCCCCGAGUCUGAGUGACUCUGCACACUUGAAACCGAUACCGAUCCAGCCAGCGACGUCGACUACGGCCAGCUCAAGUCGUGAUGUCGACGGGGUGGCUGUACCCACUACACGGCCACGCGCUUUCGCUGUUUCCGAGUCUGACCGCCAGAGUGGACCAAGGCAGGUUAGAGUGCCUGUCAAGUCUGACUACAAACCCGUCACCCGUCUCGGCUUCUCAAUCCCUUCUUUCCUUGACACACCUUCAUGGAUUAAGAAGGAGCAGUCAGCCUCUUCUUCUUCGACUGCCGAGUCGACCAUGUCCGAUCCUCCACCACCCACCACGUUGUCUGCUGCGGAGUCAUCGAAACCAUUACUCAGCUCCAGUCACUCUGCCCCAGCUUCGUCUAUUCCCACCAUGACGAAAAGCUCGUUUGGCUCAACCACGGAAUCCAAUGACAAUAACAAUGUUUCGUCGUCGUCGUCCAACUCAGCACAGCCAGCUUCAACGGUAACAGCAUUCGGCAGCGGAUUUGGGGCGCCGAGCACCCCCUCCUCUCUCAAUGCCGCGCAUCCCUUCGCCUCGAGUUCUAAUGGCUUUUCACCGAGCAAUGAGACCUCAACUGCAUCCGCUUUCACUGCUACGCCGUCUCUAUUCCAGCCAGCCACAUCCUCGUGGCCUGCGCCGUCCAGCUCAAUACCACAGACUACACCGUCUUGGUCUAUGUCCAUGCCAAGCUUGGUAGUCAGCCCCCCUCCGUUGCAGGACAUCGAGAUGGAUGAUGGUACGACACCCACCCAACAGAACCUAUUUGCUGUACCAACACCAGCGAACAUAUGGAGUGCUGCUGGUCCUUCAAGCUAUGCAGCAGUGACCCCAUCGUUUGUCAAUGAGCCACCGGUCUUCACAGAGUCGCAACCUGUCAUUGACAUGGAGCUCGAUGACCGGCCAAGUUCAAUAUUCGAGCUCAUUAGCGAGAAUCCAAGCCCUCCAAUUUCUCGUCCCUCUUCUUACACUAUUCAGCCUGCCAAAAUCCCCGAGGAGGUGUGGAGAGCGGAAGCCGCGCGGCUACAGCAACGACAACAGGCUGGCCAAACACGUGUUGUCCUCGACUCUUCACCCACUGGUCCACGUAGCCGGACCUUAUCAUGGGGCAGGUCAACUGUCUAUAAGCAGAGGGGCAAAAGCGCUGCCGCGACGAUCGCCAACUUCCCUGCCGGUGUCGAGCGUGACGUCAUCACCUUCCACCGGUCGGUCACGUUCGUCGUCGCAUUCAUCACGAACGUCGACCUCGAGCUACUCACCGUAUCGACGCCUGGGUGCUCCGCCGUCAUUCAAGCAGCGCUUGGAACGGAUAUCACGUGCCCAGUCUCAGCCGUCCCGUGGUAUUUUGAUGGAGACUUUGAGCUGGUUGUGGCCUCAACAUCUCUAAACCAGAUGUACUCUUAUCUUAUGUCUUAUCUGCUUCAGUUAGCUAUAGUGUAUUGUUUCCGGUAA